AUGUUGUUAUCGCAUAAGGAUUCCAGGGAAGGGGGAACGAGUUCGACUACUUAUGCUGUAUUUAAUUUCAUCAAUUCCAUUAUCGGUUCUGGAUUAAUAGGUCUGCCUUAUUCACUGAACCAGGCCGGACUACCCUUGGGCCUGUUACUUCUUUUGGUGGUUGCCGUUAUUACAGACUACUCCAUAAUUUUGUUGAUUAAGGGGGGAAAUUUGUCAGGAACACACAGUUACCAGGCUCUGGUACACAGCACAUUUGGUGUUGUGGGAUACUUCAUUGUGACAUUGUUGCAGUUUUUGUAUCCUUUCAUUGCUAUGAUAAGUUACAACAUCAUUACUGGUGAUACACUGACAAAAGUGUUCCAGAGAAUACCGGGAGUUGGUCCUGAUCACCUUCUAGCUGAGCGUCAUUUUGUCAUUCUUAUGUCCACCAUUCUGUUCACCCUCCCAUUAUCUCUGUACCGUGAUAUCUCAAAACUGGGCAAGGUUUCAUUGCUCUCUAUGCUGUUGACUCUGGCCAUCCUCAUCACAGUCAUCAUCAGAGCUGCUACUCUUGGGCCUCAGAUCCCUCCAACUGAAGAUGCAUGGGUGUUUGGACAGUGGAACGCCAUUCAGGCUAUUGGUGUCAUGUCUUUUGCUUUCAUAUGCCACCACAACAGCUUUAUGAUCUACGGAUCCUUAAAAGAUCCAAGUCUGAGCAACUGGACCCGGAUCACUCACCUGUCUGUGGGGUCAGCUGUACUUGUCAGUGUUUUGUUUGCUGGAGCUGGCUACGCUACAUUCACCGGCUACACGCAAGGUGACAUAUUUGAGAAUUACUGCAGAAAUGACAACCUGGCCACGUUUGGACGCUUUUGUUAUGGAGUCAGUAUAAUAACUACAUUCCCUCUUGAGUGCUUCGUGACACGUGAGGUGGUCUCUAAUCUCUUUUUUGGAGGAAUGCUCAGCAAUGUUGUCCAUUUCAUCAUCACCUUGGUGAUAGUUUCCACAGCAACAGCCAUAUCACUGUCUUAUGACUGUCUUGGGAUUGUCCUGGAGCUGAAUGGUGUUCUGAGUGCUACCCCACUUAUCUUCAUCAUUCCCUCUGCCUGUUUUUUGAGGCUUUCCACUGGACGCUGGUUACAAGGGGAGAAUCUUAUCCCCACUCUAAUUCUCAUAGCUGGAGUAUUCAUUAUGAUCAUUGGCUUAAUCAUGACAGCCCUCUUCCCCCAAGACUGUUCACAUGGAGAAGAGAUGUUCUACUGCACCACCUCCAACAGUUCAGUCCUCAGCCCAACUCCUUCCAGUAGUUUUAUCAACCUUGUAAACUCCACUCAGAAUAUUAGCUUGUUCUGA